AUGCCAAUCCGCUUCAUGACAUCGCCCAAGUACCUGCUCACCUCCGAGUCGGUUACCGAAGGGCACCCCGACAAGGUAUGCGACCAGAUUUCCGACGCUGUGCUGGACGCCGCCUUCAGCGUGGACCCCAUGAGCCGAGUUGCCUGUGAGACUGUCGCCGGGAAGAACCUGAUCAUGAUCACCGGCGAGAUCACCACGGCAGCCGACCUGGACUUUGACGCCAUCGCCCGCGAGACCCUGCGGGAAAUCGGCUACACGGACCUCAAGUACGGCAUCGACGGGAAUUCCUGUGGCAUCAUCCGCAACGCCAGCAGGCAGUCGCCGGACAUCAACGCCGGCGUGAGCACCGCGCUGGAAGCCCGCAGCAAUGGCUCCGGCGCCGACGCGCGCCGCGCCACCGGCGCCGGCGACCAGGGCAUGAUGGUCGGAUUCGCCUGCAACGAGACCGACGGCCUGAUGCCCCUUACCGUAGACCUGUCCCACCGCCUGGUGGAGCGUCUCGCCGCCGUGCGUAAGGACGGCACGCUGCCCUACCUGGGUCCCGACGGGAAGUCCCAGAUCACCGUGGAAUACCGCUACGGCAAGCCCCAUCGCGUGGAUGCGGUGGUCAUCAGCAGCCAGCACGACGACACCGAUGACCGCGAGGGCUUCACCGCGAAGAUCCGCGCCGACGUCAUCGAGCACGUGAUCAAGCCCAUCGUGCCCGCAGAGCUACUGGACGCAGACACCAAGUACUUCGUGAACCCCAGCGGCUGGUUCGUAGUUGGCGGACCCCAGGGUGACAGCGGCCUGACCGGACGCAAGAUCCUGGUGGACACCUAUGGCGGUAUCGCCCGCCACGGCGGCGGCGCCUUCUCCGGUAAGGAUCCGACCAAGGUGGACCGCUCCGGCGCUUAUGCUGCCCGCUACGUCGCCAAAAACCUGGUGGCCGCCGGGUUCGCGGAUCGGCUCGAAGUGCUGGUUUCCUACGCCAUCGGCGUCGCGGAGCCGACUUCCGUUGCCGUCGAGACGUUCGACACCAACCACAUCCCCAACGAGCGGAUCGAGGAACUGGUGAGCGAGCACUUCGACCUGCGCCCCGGCGCGAUCAUCGAGGACCUGCAGCUGCGGCAGCCCAUCUAUCGCAAGACCGCUGCCUACGGCCACUUUGGCCGCAAGGACCUGGACCUCCCCUGGGAGCGCACCGACAAGGCCGAAGCCCUGAAGCAGGCGGCCGGGGCCGUCGCCACCGCCGGCGACUAG